CCCUGAUUUCCGAUUGUGACUGGCCUUCGACACGCCGCCUCCUUGGUUGCUCCAACACGCACUAUUCGAAACAUCUCGACACCUCGCAAACAAUAAUUCUUCGUCUUCCCUCUCCCACACACAACCAACCAGUAUCUGAAGCCAAGCGCUUUCCAGCAAACCUAUCCUCCACAUCCACAACGCCUACAUAAGUCCAGCUUGACCCCGGCCCCGCCCUCUACCCGCCCUCUACCCGCCCCACCUACCCUAGCCGGUUCUUCCAAGCUUCAACAUUGGAAACUCGGCAUUCAUACAGCUUUCCAAGAGCCGCACAUAUCAUACCGGCACCAGACACCAGCAGCACCACACGCAGCCCUCACAGCACCAGGAGUCUCUCUAAUCCCAAACACCAACACUACCCGAGGGUGUUCAACUUCACACCACCACCAUGGCCCUAGCAACUCACGCCCUCAACCGCCUGCGCCACUACUCGACCCACCUCCCUCGCGAUCCGCACUACAAGCUCAAGGCCACCCUGAUGACGGGUUACCUAGUCGGCGCAUUCACGCUGCCCUUUGUGCCGCCCGUUUUGGAGACGAGGAGGGCGAGGAAGGAUGGGAGUGAUUUGACGAGACCCCAAAUCCAAUUCAUCCCCAUCCCGAAAUACUAGCAUUCUUAGUCGCUUGCAUGCGCGGGCACGACACACCUUCUUCCUCACGACUAUUAUCUUUUUUUCUCGACCACCCGAAUUUCCGGGACUCUACUACAUCAUCCCCUGCAUACGCCGCUUCUGGACCUGGCCUUUUCUCUAUUUUUCCUUUUGAUUUCUCCCUCCUUUCUUUUAUCCCUUGCAAGGUUCGGGCGCAAUUUUGCAUUCUGCAUGGGUGAACUGGCGUUGGGAUUGUUCUUUUGGCUUUCCAUCACCGCGGGAAAUCUGGCGAAGGAACGUUAUGCAGUGCUUUGUUUCUAUCCCAAGUGGUAUGACCAGUGUAUGUAUGUUGCAUAUCCUGAUACUGAUGAGCGUA